AAAAAAAAUAGAAGAUGCUGAUUCAGCGGCGGUGCCAUUAAUUUUAUCCCUCUAUUUAAUUAUUUUCCUUAAAAAAGUCACCAGAAGUGGAAGUAGAUGUUGUCAGGAAGAUAUGGGUUGCCAUGCCCAUGAUGUUGCAGAAAAGAGUUGCAGAAUUAGAUAAGCUUUAUUUAUUUCAGAAUGGGCCUUCCUAACACCACAUCUCAUUCAAGAGGAGAAGAGUAAGUUUGAGCCAAACCAGAGAUUACUUACAAUUAUGGCUGCUGUUGCUGUUACUUCAUUUACACACACAGCUUACAGCUCUCAUCACUUAAAGAAGAAACAAUGGCCUCAAGCCAAGUGCAUGAAGAUUACCAAUGUCAUGACUCCAAAAGUUGAAGCAGAAACACACUUAAACGUUGUUGAAAUUAAAGACAGAUCUUCUUUGCUGAUUGAUGAUAAUGUCAAGCCCACAAGAAAGAAUGAAACACAAGACAGUACAGGUACAGAAUCUCAAGUCCUAAGGUUUUCGGACGAGCGAUGGAAGAAUGGGACAUGGGAUCUCAAUAUGUUUGUGAAAAAUGGCAAAAUGGAUUGGGAUAGUGUCAUAGUUGCAGAAGCACAGAGGAGGAAAUUCCUUGAACUUUUCCCAGAAGCAGCAACAAACCAAGAACCUGUGGUCUUUAGAAGUUCUGUUAUACCAUGGUGGGCAUGGAUGACACAUUCUCACCUCCCUGAAGCUGAGCUGCUAAAUGGAAGAGCUGCAAUGGUGGGAUUUUUCAUGGCCUAUCUAGUGGAUGUUUUAACAGGGCUUGAUGUUGUAGGCCAAAUGGGUAGUUUCAUAUGUAAAACUGCUCUCUUAGCAACAGUUGGAGGUGUAAUUGUGUUUAGGAAAAGGACAGAUUUUGACAACUUAAAGAAGCUAGCUGAUGAAGCUACAUUUUAUGACAAGCAAUGGCAAGCGUCAUGGCAAGAUCAACCUUCUACAAAUGGUGAUUCAAAGCAACAAAGGAAGUGAAUUCUUUUUUUGUGUUUGGGAUGAUAUUGACUUCUUAUAUUGUACCUGUGCAAUCAAAAUGCCAUAGUUAUAUA